AAUGGCGGCAUCCAUGAACUUCCUAUGUAAACAAGUCACUUGCCUUCGAUCUUCAUUGUAUUUCAAUUUGCUGGAUCUUAAAAAAUUUACGUAUUUAAAAACACGAACAAGAAACUUUAAACGCCAAGCAUGUUUACUUGGUGGGGAAUAUGAAUGGCAAGACGCAAAAUCAGAGGCUGAUCUUGUGAAUAUAACAUACAUAGAUAGACAGGGAGAGAAGCAUCACAUUAAAGGCAAAGUUGGUGACAAUGUUAUGUACCUAGCUCACAGAUACAAUAUAGAAAUAGAAGGAGCCUGUGAAGCUUCUUUAGCGUGCUCUACAUGUCAUGUUUAUGUAAAAGAUGAAUAUUUGCACAAACUACCUCAACCAGAAGAAAAAGAGGAUGAUAUGCUUGAUAUGGCCCCAUAUUUAAAAGAAAACUCACGAUUAGGAUGUCAAAUUAUAUUAAAUAAGGAUCUUGAUGGCAUUGAGGUCACGCUUCCCAAGGCAACACGCAACUUUUAUGUUGAUGGACAUGUUCCGCAGCCCCACUAACUGGGCUGAACAGUUUUGUGAUGUGUGAGUGUCUAGCUGGCUGCCCCACUAAAUUGGCUGAACAGUUUUGUGACGUCUGAGUGUCUAGCUGGCUGCCCCACUAAAUUGGCUGAACAGUUUUGUGACGUCUGAGUGUCUAGCUGGCAGCCCCACUAGCUUGGCUGAACAGUUUUGUGAUGUGUGAGUGUCUAGCUGGCUGCAUGUAGACAGAUGGUUGUUACUAGAUGAAGGUAGCUCAUACAUUGGGAUGUUUGGUUCUGUGUAUUGGUUGGCUGAACAGUUUUGUGAUGUCUGAGUGUCUAGCUGGCUGCAUGCAAGACAGAUGUUACUGACUAGAUGAAGGUAGCUCAUACAUUGGGAUGUUUGAUUAUGUGUAUAGGUUGGGUGAAGUGUUAACCUUCACUUAACCACUAAGUUGGGUGAACAGUUUUGUGAUGUGUGAGUGUCCACCUGACUGUAGCUCAUACAUUGGAAUGUUUGCUUCUGUGCAUUGGUUAGGUGAAGCUUUAACCUAAGCAGUCUGGAUCAUUUAAUUAUAAAUGUAAAUAGCUCAUGUAUUUAUUACUGUUUAGAGGCAUUGAGUAACUGUGGAAUGGAACUUGUAGGUUCGUUUUAAAAAUAAUUUUCCUGGAAGUAUAUGUCGUGGGGUAUAUGAACUUUUGCCAUAAAAGAUAAAGUAAUAAAUAAUGUGCCAUGGUAGUUUGCUGAUAGUGUUCCAAAUUUGACCAGACAGCAGUUUCUAGUGUACUGUUAUUUUGAUAAACAGUUUAAAAUGUAUUACCCCUAGUGAGAUGGAUAUUCACAGGCUUUUACAGACCAGUGAGGAAUCUACUGUCAUGAGUAAAUGCUGGAAUGAUUACACAUUUUUUCAAUGUAACAGUUGUAUUUGUUGAAAACAUUUCUCAUACCUGCAAGAUAUUAAUUUUUAUUAUUGUUUUGGUCAGAAAAAUUAAAAC